AUAGUAUCCGUACACUCACAGCAGCGUCCGUUCGUGGGUCCUAGUGCUUGCGGCAUCUGAUUCAUCUCUUGAUUUGGUUUGGAGGCUCCGGCAUCCAGCCACCAUGAUUGGUUCGACAAUCAUCGCAUCGCUAGCCGCAGGCCUGGCCCUCGGACUGGAAGCCCCUCGGGCCUCUAGCGACAUUCAUCUUUCGGAGGCGGGUGCGGAUACCCCAAGCCCCAGUGACUGGGCCGAACGAGCGGAGAAGGAUGGCCGGAGGCUCUGCAUCGUAGAACCGGACGCCAAUGGCGGAGACGAUGCUCCGGCGCUACUUGCCGCGCUGAACGACGAGUGCCGGACCAAGAGCAUCAUCGUGCUACCGGGCCCUGUUUACCACAUUAACUCGCCGAUGGUGACCACGGAUCUGGACGACGUGGUGAUUGACCAGCGCGGCAGGCUGCUUUGGAGCGACGACACCUCGUACUGGCUCUCCGUGUCGAUGCCCGUGGGAUUCCAGAACCAGAGUACGGUAUGGCACUUUGGCGGCGACGGCGUGGUUUGGGAAGGCCACGGGGUCGGCACGCUCGACGGCAACGGUCAGGUCUGGUACGAUCUGAAUAAGGGAGGGUCCAACAUGCCUCACCGGCCGAUGAACAUCAACUUCCGGGGCUUUUCCAACUCCGUCGUCAGAGGGCUCCGGUUCGUCCAGAGCCAAAUGUGGACAAUGAACAUCAUGUACUCGAAGAACCUGGUCUUUGAGGACAUCUACGUCAACAGCACGUCGUCCACGGAGAACAACUCCCUCAACACGGACGGCGCCGACACCAUGUACUCGGACAACAUCACCUUCAGGCGGUGGGUCGUGGUGAACGGCGACGACGCCAUCGCUUUGAAAGCCAACUCGAGCAACAUCUACAUCUACGACAGCGAGUUCUUUGGCAGCACCGGCAUCGCCAUGGGCUCCAUCGGACAGUUCCUCGGACAGUUUGAGUACAUUGAGAACUUCUCGGCGAGGAACGUCACGCUGCACGACACGCUCCGGGGCUGCUACUUCAAGACGUGGACCGGCAACCAGAUCGGGUACCCGCCCAACGGCGGCGGCGGCGGGACGGGCUACGCCCGCAACAUCGUCCUGGAGGACAUCAAGCUGGACCGCACCCGCGGGGAACCGCUCUUCAUCACCCAGUGCGAGUCGUACUCGGGCCACGCGGGCGAGUCGUGCGACACGUCGACCUUUAAGAUCUCGGACGUCGUGUGGAAGGACUUCAGCGGGACCGUGACGGACGCCGUCCCCAGCGCGGGCUUCUUCCGGUGCAGCAGCGCGGCCGCCGGCGGGUGCAGCAACCUGACGGUCGAGAACUUCGCCGUCAAGCCCGUGGGCAACGACGCAGUUAUUGACAAGUGGCUUUGCAAGAACGUCCUCGGGAGUGACGGGUUCGACUGCCAAGAGAUAGAGGAGAAUGCCGAUGAGCUGUGAGCAACGGUUUUUCGUAUCGCUUCCCAGAUCCGACGGAUCCGGGCCCUGCUCCGGGAAUAGUCUAGACUGCAUAGUGACGCGCAGCUGGCUCCACUUCAUUCUUGAAUGAAGGUGCGAGCUCUCAUUAGCAGCCGCUUUAACUCCAGUGGCGGGCGUAUUUCGCUAUGGGUGGACACACUAUCGUAUGUGUCCAAGGGUUUUUAUCACUAGUAUGUUUUGCAUCCUGAUGGGUUGUGACACAAUAGCGCACUCCCGGGAACGUAUCUAGACCAUGCUCGAGGAGUCAAGAACCCCCAGGCCGAUAUCUAGAGUACAUUGGACUAAUGGGAAGUGAAUGAUGCUGUAAU